GAGAGAAGAUCAUAGAUCAUCUCCAAACACACUUCAUCUAGAGAUAUUUUCAGUUAAUUCUGGUGAGUCAUGACAGGACUGGAGGACACGCCCCCUAGUGACUGAACACGAAAACACAUUUGGCCUCUUUCGACUCUUUCUGUGCUUCAUCAUUUUUAUUUCACUCAGAGAACUAACAAACAAGUUAUUCAUGUUAAAAUAAGAAGUCUAGACAUAUUUAAUCAAUGUAUUGAAUAGACUCCAUUGCAAUUUUAUUGAUUUAUUUGUUUUUGUCACAAAUGCCUUAUAAUGCCGUCUACGCCAAUAAAAGUGCCUUCCAAAUGUAAAUGUAUUAGAAUCAAAUGAGUGUUCAAACAAACAACUGUUAAUAUCGAAUGUGAAAAAAACAUACAGGAUCAUUCUCCAUUACAGACCAUUCACAAACUGUACGGUUCUGUGGUUUUGACUUUAGAUCCAGAAAUUUCUCUGUUGUAGCUCAGUUAAAUGGAUAAACGGCUUUAUAAAAACAUUUAACAUCCGAACAACCGUUUUGUUUGACUAAAGUUUCUUUUUGUUUGAAAAGGCUUCUUUUGAUAAAAAAGUAUGGUUCUCGUAAGAACCUUUCAGUAUGGUCAUGUGCUGUAUAGACCCUUUCAACCCUUUUUAAAAGAGCGAAACACACAAAAAAGUGAUGUGUUUUGAGAGGUUUGGGUUUUGAGAGUCCUGUUCCUUCCUGUUUGCGAAAUCUCUUCAGAAGAUCUAUUCAGAUAUCAUUUACUGCCAAACAUCAGCUUUCAAGAGUUUGAGGAGUUCGUCCUUUCAGAUUUCUGGACUGAAACGGUUGAAGAAAAUGUUUCACACAUUUGUGUUCUGUUUGUUCACGUGGCGUGUGAACGGUGUGUUUUAUGGUAAUACAUGUGAAGAAAAGUCAGUGAUGGAGGGAGAUUCUAUCUCUCUGUAUAAUAUUUAUGAAAGCAUAUACAGGCUUUAUAAGAUAGAGUGGACGUUUGGAUCUCAAGAGUCUCUCCUAGUUCAAUUCUACACAGAGAAUAAAAAGAUCGUCAUACCUGCUGAUGUUCAUGAUGGGAUGUUCAGAGACAGACUGCAGGUGGACAAUCAGACCGGAUCUCUCACCAUCACAAACAUCACGACUCAACACUCCGGACUUUAUGUGAUGAUCACCACCAGCAGCUCCCGGAUCAGCGACGCCAUUAGAGUGACAUCAUACAAAUUCUAUGUUAAUGUUUAUGCUCGUCUUCCUGUUCCUGUCAUCGUCAGUUACUGUCCGCAGAAUCCUCCAGCGUCAGAAGGAUCUUCAGUCUCAAAAUGUGUGUUGUUGUGUUCAGUGUUGAAUGUCCCACGUGCGACUUUCUCCUGGUACAAAGGAAACCGUUUACUGUCCAGCGUCAGUGUGUCUGAUCUAAAUAGCAUCAUGUCUCUACAUCUGGAUGUUGAAAAUCAGGACACAAACACAUACAGAUGUGUGAUCAGCCAUCCGUUCGGAAACCAGACUCAACAUCUCGACAUCGCUCAUGUCUGUCACAAGUGUUCAGACUGUGUCAACUGUUGUGAUACUACCGAGGGUGUCAUGCGAUUGGCCGUCUCUGCUCUGGUGGGCGUGGCUGCUGUAGCUGCUCUUAUUGUUCUGAUUUAUGACAUCAGAUCCAGAAGAGACCAACAGGAGAGAAGAUCGUAGAUCAUGGAGUGGAGGCCACGCCCCCAGAACAUCACAACACAUUUUGUGUCUUUGCUGUUUGAAAGUACUUCAUUGUUUAUUUUAAUCACGUGAACGAUCUGCACACUUUAACGCUACAACAGUUUGCUAAAUAAAGGAAUAAAUCUUUCAUUCUG